AUGGCAGAGCACCUCAACCCAGAAGAGGAGAACCUCCUCCAGUCUGCUCUGGAGACAGCCUUCUCUCCCGCCCCGCUUCCGAAGCAAUCCGCCGCCUCCGAACAGCCAGCAGAGGCAGCAGCUGCAGGAACAACGUCAGAACCUCCAGCGCCCGAGCCCGAGUCUGCCGAGCCAAGCGCGUCGUCGGACGCCGACGACGUCUGGAAGGCCGAGUACAACGAGCACGUCGCCGAAUGGCGCCGCCAGUCCGCUGACCAGCGUGAACACGCGGAGCAGGAGCGCCAGCGCUGGGAGGAGAUCCGCGCGCGUGAGCGGGCAGAGGGUAUCGCGCGCUCGCAGGUGCACAGUGAGAGCGGGUGGGAGAGCGUCGGCGGGAGCGCGAGCGCGAGCCUGGUGCUGGAGAGCGCGACGAGCACCCAACCGAGCGUGGAGGGGAAGGGUGGCGAGCCGAGCGUAGCUGGUGCAAGGCAUUUGAUGAGCGGGGAGCACCAGGGCAAGCAGACAAAGGAGCAGCUCGAGAAGAUACUCCCAGGCACCUCACAUACUGCCGCCCCCACCUCGGAAAACAAGGACAAGUGGGAGUCGCUCUCCUCCUCUCCAGCACCCGACUCCUUAACCUCCUCCUAUCCCUCCCUCUCCUUCCCCUCAGACGCCCACUCCCCCUCCUCACUCCCCGCCUCCCUCCCCCACCAACACCAACCAGGACAGCCCCACCACACGCACGGCCCGCACCACGACGAACACCACCAUCACCACGCGCACGCCGCGCAGGAGGCCCCCAGCACAACGCUCGCGAUCUUCGACUCCUCGCUCUCCCCGCGCACGCGUGUGCGCGCGCUCCUCGCUAGCAUCGCCGUGAACAUACUGCUCCCGUUCGUCAAUGGCGUCAUGCUCGGCUUUGGCGAGAUCUACGCGAAGGAGGUCGUCGUGGGCUGGUUCGGCUUUGGGCGCAAAGCCAACGAGAAGCGGCGCAGGGCGCCAGGGUCGAGGGAAGCGAGUGUCGGAUUGCGCUCGGGAAGUGCAUUCCGGUGA